CACCUUAUAAUAAUUGUGUAGUGUUCUCUGUUCCAUCGUCAACGAUAGUGUCUGCGUACAUGUUAUCUAACUAAAUACUUCGUGUGGGAUAACUAACGUUAUUCUGUACCGGAAUUGAAAAUUAACCACGAACUAAAUCCGCAAAAUGGGUAAUUUAUCGUUAUUCGCCGUACUACUUUUAGCCCUUGUGGCGUUCGUCCAUGGCGGUGACAUGAUGAGGAAAUCCAUAGUUUUCGAUAAGAAAACACCGGACGUGUUUUAUUGUCCGCAGCAAAAACCUAAAAGUUUCGAUAAACUGUACGUUCAUGCCAAACCUUUGAGUAAACUUUGCGAAUUCGAUGGAAAACCUCCACCAAAGGGGUACAAAUCUGACUGCUAUCAUGAUUUGGAUGAAACCGAAUACGCGUGUAAAGAAAAACACAGAAUUAUGAAAAGACUACCGAAAAAGAGUUUGGAGAAAUUACUCGAAGCCACAGAACAGCAAAGCGAUUUUAAAGAAUAAGUAAAAAUGAGACUUCAUCCACCUGGCGCAUUAAGCGAAGAAGAAUCCACUAAAUUGGACGAAAACAAACGUGUCAUCAAAAGAGUAAUCAAAAAAAUUAAGAAACGACAAGAUUAGAUAUUUUCUGCUCGUAUUGACGUUAUAAAGUCUCGCAAAUGUUAAUAAGUACUUAUUAUGUUUACGGAAUCGGUGUUUUUUUUUACGUUUGUAAUUUUUCUCAUUUUUAAUUUUCUUUUACUUAAUUUUUAUUACGUAUUUUUGAAGAACCAACUGUCAAGGAACGGUUUAUAGUUCUUUAGACCUACUUAAAACUUACUCACUUUAUUUCUAUUAUUUUUUUUUACGAUGAUUUAGGACGAUUGAAAACAAAAUCAAGACUCAACAGUAUCAAAAUAUUGUGAUAAUGCAUUUAUUUUUCAACAAAAUUUUGUAUUAUUUAUGCUACUUUUUUGCUUCGUGAUUAUCUAAAUGGUGAAGUGAUUCUCAUCCGCGUUAAAUUCUUUCUGGCGUUUUGACGAAAUAGGUACUGAAACAAAAAUAAAUCAUUUCGCUUAUUAAUCCUCUUAGAAUUAAUUGGUGUAAAUUUUUUCGUAAAUUGGUAAUAAAAUGUUCGUACUACGUUUUUAAAUAAAAUAUUGUCAAACUUA